AAACACAUAGCGUCAGUGCUCAUAGAGCGUUGGUCAUGAAACGUUUUAUUUUGCUAUUAUGUCUGGUGAUUGUGUGCGCGGCACAUCACGACCACGGGCGUGACCGUGACCGCGACCGUGACCGUGACGACGAGCGCGACCGCGAACGGGACCGCGACCGCGAACGCGACCGCGAGCGCGACCGCGAACACGACCGCGAGCGCGACCGCGAACGCGACCACGACCGCGACCGCGACCGUGACCACGACCGCGACCGCGAUCACGGGCUUGACCGUGACCAUGGGCGUGAUCGUGACCGCGAUCACAACCACGGGCAUAACAACGACCACAACCGUGGACGCGAUUACUACGACUAUGAAAGACACUAUUAUCACGGCCACCAUGGACACCACGAUAAUGUGAACUCAGGCGACCCCAUAGUCCACAGCUCGGCUGGUGAGUUCCUGGGAGGCUUUAACGUGACCAGACGUGGCAGACGCUUCGAGACUUACCGAGGCAUACGGUACGCCCACCCGCCGAUGGGGGAACUACGCUUUCAGCCUCCGAAGCCGAUCUAUUACUACCCAGGGCUGGUAGACGCGAGAGAGGAUGGGCCAGCGUGUCCCCUCCCCGCUCCCCCCGGCUACCCCGUUGACGAAGAUUGUUUGACCGUGAACGUGUAUACCCCCUUAAGAAGCGAGAGAAAAGGACCUCUCCCAGUAAUCUUCUUCAUUCACCCGGGUGGUUUCUAUUCCAUGACGGGACGGAGCGACUUGGCUGGACCACACUACCUAUUGGAUAGGGAUAUCGUGCUAGUCACUAUUAACUAUCGACUCGGGGCACUUGGUUUCCUCAGCACAGGAGAUGAACUGGCUCCCGGCAACAACGGGAUGAAAGACCAAGUGGCAGCACUGUGGUGGGUGCAGAAGAACAUCAGGGCGUUUGGUGGCGAUCCCGACAACGUGACUGUUGCAGGGUGCAGCGCUGGUUCUUUCAGUGCUUUGCUGAUGAUGAUGUCACCUUUGACACGAGGUCUUUUCCACCGCGCAAUAUCAAUGAGUGGUUCGCCAAUAGGCAAAGAACCGCUGCCAACACACCAGCGACACCUCGCGGUGCGGCAAGCAGAGAUUCUCAACUGUCCCACGGAAACCUCGAAGGCCAUCAUCGAUUGCUUGAAGACAAAAACUUGGCGGGAGCUGGGCGACUCUCUGCCUGGAUUUUUUGAGUUCGGUCGCUUCGACCCAGUGCUCCUCUGGUCACCGGUAGUUGAACCCGACUUUGGCCAGGAGAGGUUCCUGACCAUGCAACCAGACGUGGCUAUCAGGGAGAGGAGGUUGCAUGCUGUCCCCAAUAUAAUAAGCCAGACUCAGGACGAGUUCUUCUGGUUUGCUUACUACGUGACCACCAACGAGACGCUCUACAGACAAAUGAACCAAGACUGGGAUCGCGUAGCGCCUAUAUCUUUUCUUCUCCCGCGCGACAACGCCACCCUCCCCGCCAGAGCCCUCCGCAAGGAGUACCUCGGUGAUAAACCACUGCGGAACGAUGCAGUUAGCGCGCGUAACUUGGGCAGGCUCUAUGCGGAUUCUAUUGAAAGCUUACCGGUGUAUAGAAUGGCGAAGCUAAUGACACGCUACUCCCCAGAACCAGUCUACGAAUAUGAAUGGGCUUACAUCGGAAAUCACAGUCACUUUGAGGACCCCGCCACUAACAAACCAUUAGGUGCCGCUCACCAUGACGAUUUAAUCUAUUUAUUCACUCUGAGCUAUCGGUUUCCCGCCAUCGGGCUAGAGGGAGAAGACGCCAAAUUAGUGGACAGGAUGACAGCAAUUUGGUACAAUUUCGCGAGAUACGGUGAUCCAAAUCCCCGCGGAGACACGCCGGAACUGCAAGGACUUACGUGGCCAAAGACAACGCCAGAAGAUAUGGAGUAUGUUCGCAUAGACAACAACUUUACGCUUCGAAAAAAUCUUUUCAAAGAUAAAGCCGUUAUAUGGGACUCCCUGUAUCCUAUGCAGUAUUAAUUUAUUAUCAUAGAUGUCUGUUUUGUAAGAAACGUUUUAAAUAGAAAUAAAAAUUUGAAGUUA